CACCGCGGCCUGCUUGAGCGGCCGAGGGCGGGACGUGGGCACGGGGGCGCGGCGCGCGGCAGAGCUGAGGCUGCGGCGGCGGAGGCUGUUCGGGGCCGGCGCUCGGCAUGGCUCGUCUGGGGCUCGGUCUGGUGGGCUGUACGUUCUUUCUAGCAGUGAAUGGUCUGUAUUCCUCUACUGAUGAUGUAAUCGAAUUAACUCCAUCAAAUUUCAACCAAGAAGUUAUUCAGAGUGAUAGUUUGUGGCUUGUAGAAUUCUAUGCUCCCUGGUGUGGUCACUGCCAAAGGUUAACACCAGAAUGGAAGAAAGCAGCAACUGCAUUAAAAGAUGUUGUAAAAGUCGGUGCAGUUGAUGCAGAUAAACAUCAAUCCCUAGGAGGUCAAUAUGGUGUUCAGGGAUUUCCUACCAUCAAGAUUUUUGGAUCUAACAAAAACAAACCUGAAGAUUAUCAGGGUGGCAGAACUGGUGAAGCCAUUGUAGAUGCUGCGCUCAAUGCUGUGCGCCAGCUCGUGAAGGAUCGCCUCGGGGGAAGGAGUGGGGGAUAUAGUUCUGGAAAACAAGGCAGAAGUGAUAGUUCAAGUAAGAAGGACGUGAUUGAGCUAACGGAUGACAACUUUGAUAAGAAUGUCCUUGACAGUGAAGACGUUUGGAUGGUUGAGUUUUAUGCUCCUUGGUGUGGACACUGUAAAAACCUAGAGCCAGAAUGGGCUGCUGCAGCUACAGAGGUAAAAGAGCAAACAAAAGGAAAAGUGAAACUGGCAGCUGUGGACGCCACAGUUAAUCAGGUUCUAGCCAGCCGAUAUGGGAUUAGGGGAUUUCCUACAAUCAAGAUAUUUCAGAAGGGCGAGUCUCCUGUCGAUUAUGAUGGUGGACGGACAAGAUCCGACAUAGUUUCCCGGGCCCUUGAUUUGUUUUCUGAUAAUGCCCCACCUCCUGAGCUGCUUGAGAUAAUCAAUGAGGACAUUGUCAAGAGGACAUGUGAGGAGCAUCAGCUCUGUGUGGUGGCUGUGCUGCCCCACAUCCUUGAUACUGGAGCUGCAGGCAGAAAUUCUUAUUUGGAAGUUCUUCUGAAGCUGGCAGACAAAUACAAAAAGAAAAUGUGGGGGUGGCUGUGGACAGAAGCUGGAGCCCAGAAUGAACUUGAGAAUGCAUUGGGGAUCGGAGGGUUUGGAUACCCCGCCAUGGCUGCCAUCAAUGCCCGCAAGAUGAAGUUUGCUUUGCUAAAAGGCUCUUUCAGUGAGCAAGGCAUUAAUGAGUUUCUCAGGGAGCUCUCCUUUGGGCGUGGUUCUACGGCACCUGUAGGAGGCGGGACCUUCCCUACCAUCUACAUUAGAGAGCCCUGGGAUGGCAGGGAUGGGGAGCUUCCCAUGGAGGAGGACAUUGACCUCAGUGAUGUGGAGCUUGACGACUUAGGGAAGGAUGAGUUAUGAGAGCUCACAGCAGAGGCUUCAAGCCGUUUGCUUUUCUUGGGUGCAAGCGGAUUUCUUCAGCAGUGAAGGAACGUUCUUUACAAUCAGAUGAAUCUACCAGUGGCCUUUUUAACCAAGAAGUAGCACUUGAUUGGUCAUUUGAAAACACUGAAAACACUGCAACAGUGAACUAUUGCAUCUCAAGAAAACAUUGAAAAAUUCUAUGAAUUGUUGUAGCCAGUGAAUUGUAUUGUACUCUGUCACAUAAUAUUUUGAAGAAAACUGAGCUGUUGAAAUUCCCCUCCCUCUGACUGCUGCUUGAAUGUUUUUGGAGGCUGUUUCUUAUAUAUAGGUUUUUUAAUGUGAUUCCUUCAUUUGAAUACCAGUGGUUUUUCCAUGAAAGAAUAAAACAGUAUUUUGGAAAAUGGUGAUAAAUGUAUGAAAUCAGUGUCCCCAUCAUAAAUUCAGAGUGAUAUUUAGCUAGUAAAUUAAUAUUAUGAAGUAUGACCCUGAUGUCUUUUCCCUAUAAACUUUUUUAAAAUGGAAAGCAAGACCUCUUUGAUUCAAAUGAUGCCAUCUGGAUGCCCCCACAAUACAGAUCUUAUAUGGAAAACUGGGCUGUCAAGUGAGAGCUGUAUUUCAUGCCCAGUAUUUUUCUUUGGGCCAUCACCAGUGACUAAUUAUUAGGGAAUAUAGCUGGUAAUACAGUUAGCUCAAGAUUUUCUAUGUUAUUACUUAUCUCAGAAUAUCCAUUAAGACAUGAAAUAGAGCAGCAGGCUACCAAUUUAUAGGCACUUCACAUUUAUGUAAAACAUUCAGAAAAAUGAAGUUUGGAAUUAUGUUAGAACAAAUAUAAGAGAGAAUUCAAAGGACUGGGAGCAUUUUAUUGUAAGGUAAAAAAAAAUAAAUACAACUCUUAACUAA